AUGCCUGCCACGACCAGGAGCCAGACGACUCUUGAAGAGAAGGGAGUCUCUACCUCCAAGCCCACUCCAGCGAAAUUGCAACCCAACAAGCGGAAAGCUGGUACUGCAACGACAGCUUCGUCGUCUUCGAAGAAGAAGAAGACCAGUCCCGACACGAGACCCUCUCAUCACGACGCCAGUGAAGAUAACGAAGCGAUCACGAUCAACCGUGCCCCUGUUCUCGAGCUGUGGGCUAGCUGUGUGGCUCACUCAAUCUACCCGUCACUGGAAUGGUCAACAUGCCUCAGCAUUGGCGGAGCAAUCAGUACAAUUACUGCAAUCUCCAAAGGUCGCUCAAUAGGUACAAUAGAGAAGCCUGAUCCAGGAAAAGCUCAAGAAAAGCGCGAGAAGAGACGCGAAGAGCAGGCAGAGCUAGGCGAGGUCGAAGUGAUGGGCUUCCACCUCAAGCUCAAAGAUGGCGCAGCAGUGGUGGGAGACAAGCCUAAGAAGGGGAAUGAGGAUACAUUGAAGAAGAAGUAUGGUGAUCAGCAAUAUGAGAAAGUCAAAGCCAUGUUUGACGAAAGCUUGAAGGCGUGGAAGGACAAGGAAGACGAGCUGAACAGCAAGGCGUUCGGAAUGUAUGAGGAUUUCCGCCCGAAUAUCCCAACUAGCCAGCAGGGAUGGGGUCGAAAAGGACAGCUGAGACUGGACACUAUCAAGAGCGCUGUCAGGGGUGAGUGA